CGAUCAAUUUCCAAGUCAUUUCCUACUACACUUUGGAGAUUGAUUCAAGCAAACCUAGACAGUUCUUUAAAGUCAAGACUCAUUUUCUUGAUGAAUCAAGAAACUUAUAAAUGUGAGCAUGAGAGAUCAGCAGUAGCUGUAGUAGUAAUAGAGUUUGCGAAUUUUCGUUGAUGACUUUGCUUGGUUCUUGUUGGUAUAUCACUGAAAAAGUUCUUAUUCGCGACGGAUUCGAGAAAUGGUAUUGUUUGAGUUUCUAUGUCAAUCCGUUUUUUCUCAUAUUUUGCCAAUUUUUUCUAUGGUUCAAAGUAGCAGGAAUAUGGUUAUCAUUCAUUAUCUCACAACCUCUUAGUAUUCUUUGGAUUUUUAGUGUAUGGAUAUUACAAAAUUUUAAAAUGUAUUCCAUUCGUUUCAUUUCAUUUGCAAAAUCAAAUAAUUCUGAUGUUUUGCAAGACGCUUUAGAAAUCGAAGUCACCGAAUAUUUUGAUGCAUUUCAACAAAUCUUUGAUGAAUCGUCGUCCAAAAGUAUAAUAAAGUUUCAAAGAGGUAGUACUGACUUUGCCAAGCAGGUUAUAGUUGUUCAUCCAAACGAGCUUUUGCAAGAAAUAUUGGAGGUGCCUGCAAAUACGUUUGUGAAGGAAACAAAAUUAGUUUGUCAGAAUCUUGGCGAUAAUUUUUUGCAACAAUCAUUCUCUCAUACAGUUGAUGUCAAAAUGGAUUUGGAUAUCGAAGACGAAACUUUACCACUUUCAUGUAGUUUGGAAUCAUCAUUUGAUCAUAUUGAGGAAAACAAACUCGAAAUUGUGAAACAAGAAGAAGAAAUUGAUCCAUUCUACACGAAAUACCUCGAGAGGAUGAGGUGGUUUGAUCUACUCAAUCAAGAAAGAACAUGCGCUAUAAAUUCAAUCUUCAACAAGCAUUUGGGAAGUCUUAGCAGUCCAUUUGAGUAUAUAGAGCCAACGGAUAUGGCGUCUCCAUUUAUGAGCAAAAUAAAUAAAAGAAAGCUUACGAGAAGCUUGGAAAGUGAUAUUGAAAAAGUUUAUGUAGGACAAACAUGUCUGUGUUGGGAAGCCUUAAAUCACCAGUACAGAAAAGUAGAAGCACUUUGCUCUAAAAAUGGUUUUUUCUAUGACAAUGUGGCCGGAAAUUUUCAAAAUUUUCAAGUGUUGUUGGAGAGAUUCAUUGAAAGCGAAAGAGAUGAAAGUAAGAGAUAUUGGAAUUACGUCGAAGGAAGAUUUUCUUUAAAAAGUCUUCUUCAAGUUCCAAAAGUCUCAGGCUAUUUUGAAGAAGAAAAUGAAGGGUUAAAAGGGGAGAGCAUGAGAGCCAGAGAUGUAUUAGCAGCUAUAGAAAAUUCCAUCAGGGCUUUUCACAUCUUUAUUAAUACAGAAGAUAAAAAAUCUUGGUGGAAAUUUAGAAGUUCAUUGUGGACUUACCCACAAGUAGUAGAAGACCCUAUAAAUUUGCAAGUAGUUGCUGACCUAACAAAACAACUCCAACAGAAGCAAUUGUUGUUGAAAGGCCUAGAGGGGAAGAAGAAAUGUUGGUUGAAUAGAAAUUAUCAUCAUCAACAACAACAACAGGAAAAAGUAGUUGAAGAAUCAGAAACAAUGAGGGAUAUUUUGUUUUGUGCCAUAGAGUUGAAACUUGUAUCAAGGGUACUCAAUAUGUCUUUGAUUUCGACUUCCCAAAUCAGAUGGUGUCAAGAGAAGUUGAUAAGUAAUAAAACCGAGUUCAAUGAAGGAAGAAUCGUACUUACGUCUAGUCGUAGUAGUAGCGUUUGUCUAUUAUUUCCCCCUUGAUUUUGCUUCUAAUCUUAAGAUGAUUCAAUAUUUGAUGUGAAUAUUAUAGUAUGAUCCAUAGUUUUAUAAGUUUCACAUUCUACCUUUCACAAUAAA